GUAAGGAACCAUUACUCUGGCUUUUGCCCCAACCCACUCGAUUUUAAGGUAUUCAGAGGAGACCAAAGGGCUUUUUGGGUCUCUGUUCUCCCUCCACUGUCACAGCCGCCACGCCCUUUUAGGGGAUCCCAUCCACUUCCUUGGACAGUGGUGGACACAGACCAACAGAGACCCAUGAAGCCUUCAGCUCUCCUGAAAUACUCAGCCAACCUCACCCGCAAAGCAUAGCCCGUUCUGCAGCGUCUGCGCAGGCUCAUGAGUCUCCACGAAUCCGACACCACCUUACAAACCAACGAGCUCCAUGCAGGGCAGCCAAAUCAGCAUCUGAGAUCUCCUUCCAUAACACCAAUGCCAACAAUUUGGGGUAAGUAACAUUCCACACCACAGCGUGGUUCGUCUUCCGAGGAACCUAUCCAUUCCCCUCCUAUGGCCAACACGAAGACCAUCCGUCACUUCUUUCUCUUACAGCUAUGUCUCUGCCGGGGACACUCCCCAGAAAGAAAGACCCGACUUCAAUUUCAAGGCUUACAUGCUUGAGAAGGCUAAGUCAGUGAACCAAGCCCUAGACACAGCCAUUCCACUGAGAGAACCCCUGGAAAUUCACAAGGCUAUGCGCUACUCACUCCUCGACGGCGGCAAGCGCAUCCACCCCAUUGUCUGUAUCUCCGCUUGUGAGCUAGUUGGUGGCCAGGAAUCCACUGCAAUGCCCGUGGUUUGUGCUGUUGAGAUGUUACAUGUUGUGUCCUUGAUGCAGGAUGAUCUCCCUUGCAUGGACAAUGAUGAUAUCCGGCGAGGGAAGCCCUCCAAUCACAAGGCGUUUGGUGAGAGUGUUACCAUACUUGCUGUGGAUGCUCUCCUGGCGUUAGCUUUUGAGCACGUAGCAACCAUGAGUACAGUCGGUGUGGUUCCUCCCAUGGUGACUGUCCAUGCAAUCCAGGAACUGGCAAGAUCAAUUGGUUCCCAAGGGCUAGUUGCUGGGCAGUUCUUGGACUUAAGCUCCGAGGGUUCACCCGAAAUUGGAUUGGAAGGGCUUGAGUCAAUCCAUAUCAACAAAGCUGGACCGCUGUUAGAGGCCUCCGCUGUGAUUGGAGCUAUGCUGGGAGGUGGGUCGAGUGAACAAAUGGAGAUACUCCGCAAGUUUGGAAGAUGUGUUGGGUUACUGUACCAGGUUGUGGAUGAUAUCCUUGACAUCACCAAAUCAACCCAAGAACUGGGGAAAACGGCUGGGAAAGAUUUGGUGGCUGACAAGGUCACAUAUCCAAAACUGGUAGGUAUUGAGAAAUCAAGAGAGUUUGCCGAGAAAUUGAAUGGGGAUGCUUGGGAUAUGCUCUCUGAGUUUGAUCAGGAGAAGGCGGCUUCAUUGCUUGCUAUGGUGAACUUCGCUACUUACAGACAAAACUAAAUUGUUGAUGCCCUCAUGGAUUCUAAAAAAGAGAGUUAUUUCCAUUUGAACGUGGCAUUACAAAUAAAAAAUAUGUAUAUAUAUACCUUGUAGAAGGCUUGCUCUUUUGUCAAGUACUCUGGAUAUCCAUCUUCUUCCAUCUAGUUUCCAUUCUUUGUCACAAUUUUUGACCGA